AGGUAGGAAAAGGGAGCCUCUUCAGUCUUGUAAAGCACAGUGGCGGACGGAAUGAUUUGACUACAAAUAGUGAGGAAGUUGAUUGGUGGGGAAACUAUAUAUUGAUUUUGAAUAUACAUAUAUGUAUAAAGAUAACAAAACAUUUGUUUUUUGAGGUAAAGGAGAAGAAAGGGGAAAGAAAAAAAAAUGCACUCACCAAGGCUGAAAGAGGCCUCACAAGUAUUCCUCCACAGCUGCUGCCCAACACCCUUGUUCAACGUGACAGAGCCACAGAAGACUGUCUCCAAGUCCGGCAACACUUCCUCCUCUUGGCGCCGAGACUUUGUGCAGACCACAGCCGCUUCCAUCUUCCCAAAUACCCGCUUCACCAACCACGAGACUCUUCCUUCUUUGGAAGAGUCAUUCCUUGAGUUCAGCAAAGCUUACCCUCAAUUCUCUGAAACUCAUCAAGUUGACGAUAUAAGAGCUCAAGAAUACUACCACCUUUCACUGUCCAGCCAUGCCUGUCUUGAUUACAUCGGUAUUGGUCUCUUCUCUUUUGAUCAACUACAGAAGCAAAAAGACCAACAGCUUCCAUCUUCGUCUUGUUCCUCUCCUUCUCUGGUUCCAUCACCUUCCCGGAGUUUGAAUUUUCCUUUCUUUAGCAUAUCUUAUAAGACAGGCAAUUUGAAGGUGCAACUACUUCAUGGUGGACAAGAAUCUGAGCUCGAAUCCGCCAUGAAAAGAAGGAUCAUGGGAUUUCUUAAUAUUUCCGAAAGUGAUUACAGCAUGGUUUUCACAGCCAACAGAACAUCAGCUUUCAAACUUGUUGCUGAAUCUUACCCGUUCAAAACUAGCAGUAAGCUUUUGACAGUUUAUGAUUAUGAGAGUGAAGCAGUAGAGUCAAUGAUUAAUAGCUCAGAGAAAAGAGGAGCUCAUACCAUGUCAGCAGAGUUUUCUUGGCCAAGGUUGAGGAUUCACUCAUCGAAGUUGAGGAAUAUGCUGGUCAGCAAGAAGAAACAGAAGAAGAAGAGAGGGCUUUUUGUCUUCCCUUUACAUUCUAGAGUCACAGGAGCAAGAUACCCUUAUUUGUGGAUGAACGUAGCACAGGAGAACGGGUGGCAUGUAUUGAUAGAUGCUUGUGCACUAGGACCAAAGGACAUGGAUUGCUUUGGCCUCUCUCUCUUAAGACCUGAUUUCCUCAUCUGUUCCUUCUACAAGGUUUUUGGAGAAAACCCAUCUGGGUUUGGAUGCCUCUUUAUUAAGAAAUCUGCCAUUUCAAUUCUGGAGGAUUCUACAAGUACAGGGAUUGUUAAUAUUGUCCCAGCAAAUGAGCUACUUCAGUUAGCAGAGGAUUCGUCUGUUACUGAUUUAGAACUUGAACAGACAACACAGUUUGGCUUCGAAGAAGCAGGAUUAUCUUCCUCAAGCUCCUUCUCUGGUCCUUUAUACAACCAAACACCAGAGUCACCAAAAUUGGAACAAGGAGAAUCCUCCAACUGCCAAAAUGUAGAAAUAACUGCAAGAUUGGAAGAACCAGAAAGUUCAGAAAUGGGAAAAUCAGAAAUACCAGUUGAGCAUGCCAAGAGAAACGAAACUGAGGCCAUGGAGUUUGAAUGCAGGAGCUUGGAUCAAGUGGAUUCACUUGGGCUGAUAAUGAUAACAAAUCGGGCAAGAUACCUAAUAAACUGGCUGGUGAGCUCUCUGUUGAAGCUUGAACAUCCUAAUGCAGAGGGAGUUCGAUUGGUAAAAAUAUAUGGACCAAAGAUAAAAUUUGAUCGAGGGCCAGCAUUGGCAUUCAAUAUAUACGAUUGGAAAAGAGAGCCGGUUGAACCUGUUCUUGUACAGAAACUGGCAGAUAGAAGCAGUAUAUCUCUUAGCUACGGAUUCUUACACCACAUCCACUUCUCAGAUAAAUAUGCAGAAGAGAAGGGCAGAGUCCUAAAGACAAGAGGAGGAGGAGGAUCAAAUCAAAUGGCAGCCAACAAUUUGAAGGGAAAAUGUGAUCAAGGAAUAACUGUGGUUACAGCUGCACUUGGUUUCCUGGCCAAUUUCGAAGACACAUACAGGCUUUGGGCUUUUGUAGCACAAUUCCUAGAUGCAGAUUUUGUGGAAAAGGAGAGGUGGAGGUAUACAGCUCUUAAUCAGAAAACAAUUGAAGUUUAAAUUAUUUUUUCAAGGUUGAAAUUUCUUAAUUCUUUCAUCCGAAGUUAAGAAAAAUGAAGUAUUUGUGUCAACACAAAAUUUUAUACAUAUUACGUGUAUAUUGUCAAAACAAAGCAGAUAUACCGCUAUUAAUUCUUUCGUGAGAAUGAAUUUCAAAGUCCUUCAGAACAUCA